CAAAGCAAAAUGAUUUUUUUAAUUGCCGGCGUCAUCAUUGCCUUCUUGUAUUGGUACUGUACCAGAACUUUUUCAUACUGGAAAAACAGGGGAGUGAAACAUGACCCACCAGUACCAGGACUUGGGAAUAAUGCGGACCAAGUCUUCGCCAGGAAGAGCAUGUCACAAGUCAUCGAGGACGUCUACUGGAGGUAUCCGAACGAGAAAGUCGUUGGUUUCUACAGACUGACCCAGCCAGAACUGGUGAUUAGGGACCCUGAUGUAAUAAAAAGUGUGUUUACGACCGAUUUUUCGUAUUUCUACGCCAGAUCGCACCUUGGAAGCGAAAGCGGAGAUCAAGUUGAACCUCUGAGGAGGAACAUGUUGGUUGCGGAAGGUGAUUUGUGGCGGUUGUUGAGGCAGGGAUGUUCUCCGGCGUUUACCAUGGGAAAGCUGAAAGCUAUGUUUCCGCUGAUCGUAGAGCGAGCUGAGAGGCUUCAGGAGCUGACGCUGGGGCUCGUGGAGCGCGGCGCUCCCAUCGACGCGCGGGACCUCAUGGCCCGCUUCACCAUCGACUUCAUCGGAGCCUGCGGCCUCGGCAUCGACGCCGCAGCCCUCAAUGACGACAACUCCCCGUUCCGAAAACUCGGUGAACAAAUAUUCCACAUAGGACCUAGAGAAAUCAUCAUAUACAUCCUAAAAGAACUGUUCCCCGGCAAAUUCCCGUUUCUGAAAUAUUUCGGUCAAUUCGAGGAAUAUUUACUUCACCUGGUGCGAGAGAUUCAGAAUAUGAGGAACAACACGCCGUCGGGGAGGAAUGAUUUUGUGGAUUUGUUGAUGGAGAUGAAAAGGAAGGGGAAGAUCGAAGUGGAGUCCAUGGAGAGACGGAAGCCAGAUGGCACUCCGGAGCGAGUGUCAAUGGAGUUGGACGAUAUGCUGAUGGCUGCUAAUGUGUUCAUGUUCUUCGGAGCCGGUUUCGAGACGGCUUCCAAUUCCACAAGCUUCACACUCCACGCACUGGCAUACAACCCGGAUAAACAAAAGAAAGUCCAACAAGAAAUUGACAGAGUGCUCGCUAAGCAUGGAAACAAGCUUAGUUGGGAUGCGAUUAAAGAGAUGCAGUAUUUGGAAUGGACGUUCAAGGAAGGCUUGCGUAUGCAGCCACCAGUGGGACAUAUAGGGAGGACGUGUAAAAGAAAAUACACCUUCCAGCAGCUAGGUUUGACCAUCGACGAAGGAGUGAGAGUGAGGAUAUCAGUUCAGGCGUUGCACAACGACCCACUGUAUUGGGAUAGCCCUGAGGAGUUCAGACCUGAAAGGUUUAGCCCGGACGAAUAUAACGAAGCCAGAACAAAAUAUACCUAUGUACCUUUUGGCACUGGACCGCGGGUAUGUGCUGGUGAACGUCUCGGCAUGAUGCAGUCGCUAGCCGGCUUGGCAGCCGUAUUGUCCCGUUUCACAGUGGAACCAGCACCAAACUCCACACGGAACCCCACAAUAGACCCCAAGUCCAACAUCACCCAAGGAGUGGUCGGAGGGCUACCACUCAUCUUCAAGGAGAGGAAGAACUUCCAAACUGAACCGUUACUCAUAGAAGAGUUUCCAGUCAGAGCAUUAUAGUCAGUAGAUG